GUGGGCUGUGAGGCCAGCCCAGUUCCGUGCAGCGAGCGCCCCCCGCGCCCCGCUCCGUCAGUCCCGGCGCCCCCGCCCCGCGCCCGCCAUGCCCGAGCAGCUCAGCGUCGCCGAGUUCCUGGCCGUCACCGCGGAGGACCUCAGCUCCCCGGCCGGGGCCAAUGCCUUUGCCGCCAAGAUGCCCCGGUGCCGGGGGGCGGCACUGGCGCGGGAGGAGAUGCUGGAAGGAGACCAGGCCAUCUUGCAGAGAAUAAAGAAGGCUGUGCGGGCGAUCCACAGCUCCGGCCUUGGCCAUGUGGAGAAUGAGGAGCAGUACCGAGAGGCCGUAGAGUCCUUAGGCAACAGCCACUUGUCCCAAAACAGUCACGAGCUGUCCACUGGCUUCCUGAACUUGGCCGUCUUCACCCGUGAGGUGGCUGCACUUUUCAAGAACCUGGUUCAAAACCUGAACAACAUCGUCUCAUUCCCCCUGGACAGUCUAUUGAAGGGGCAACUGAGGGACGGGCGACAGGAUUCCAAAAAGCAGCUGGAGAAGGCGUGGAAGGACUAUGAAGCCAAAAUGGCCAGGCUGGAGAAGGAGAGGGACCGGGCCCGGGUGACAGGAGGGGCGCCUGGGGAGGUGGCCCAGGACACUCAGAGGGAGCGGCGCGUCUUCCAGCUGCACAUGUGUGAGUAUCUGCUGAGAGCCGGGGAGAGCCAGCUGAAGCAGGGUCCCGAUUUCCUGCAGAGCCUCAUCAAGUUCUUCCACGCCCAGCACAACUUUUUCCAAGAUGGCUGGAAGGCCGCUCAGAGCCUGUCCCCCUUCAUCGAGAAGCUGGCAGCCUCUGUACAUGCGCUCCGUCAAGCCCAAGAGGAGGAGCUCCAGAAGCUGAUCCGGCUCCGGGACUCCCUCCGAGGGACACUGCAGCUUGACAGCCGAGAGGAGACUCUGAGCCGGAAGAACUCGGGAGGCGGUGGCGGGGGCUACAGCAUCCAUCAGCACCAAGGCAAUAAGCAGUUUGGGACGGAGAAGGUGGGCUUUCUCUACAAGAAGAGUGACGGAAUUCGAAGAGUCUGGCAGAAAAGGAAGUGUGGAGUCAAGUAUGGCUGCCUGACCAUCUCCCACAGCACGAUAAACCGGCCCCCAGUGAAGCUGACCCUGCUGACGUGCCAAGUGAGGCCACACCCUGAGGAGAAAAAGUGCUUUGACCUGGUGACCCACAACAGGACAUACCACUUCCAGGCAGAAGAUGAACAUGAGUGUGAGGCGUGGGUGUCAGUGUUACAGAACAGCAAGGAUGAGGCCUUGAGCAGUGCCUUCCUCGCGGAGCCCAGCGGCGGUGGCCCGGGACCCUGGGGGGGCGCCGGGCUGGACGGGGAGCCCCAGGACCUCACGAAGCUGCUCAUCGCCGAGGUGAAGAGCAGGCCCGGGAAUGGCCAGUGCUGCGACUGCGGGGCUGCAGACCCCACGUGGCUCAGCACCAACCUGGGCGUGCUCACCUGCAUCCAGUGCUCGGGCGUCCACCGUGAGCUGGGCGUGCGCUUCUCGCGCAUGCAGUCCCUCACCUUGGACCUUCUGGGCCCCUCCGAGCUGCUGCUGGCCUUGAACAUCGGAAACACGCGCUUCAAUGAGGUUAUGGAGGCCCAGCUGCCCGCCCAAGGCGGCCCUAAACCCUCAGCUGAGAGUGACAUGAGCACGCGCAGGGACUACAUCGUGGCCAAGUAUGUGGAACACAGGUUUGCCCGCCGGUCCACCCCCGAGCCUCAGAGACUCCGAACUGCCAUUUGCAACCGGGACCUCCUGUCAGUACUGGAGGCCUUUGCUAAUGGGCAGGACUUUGGACAGCUGCUGCCUGGGCCUGAGGGACAGGCACCUGGAGAGCUUGCCCUGCACUUGGCCAUCAGAGUCGCCAGCCCUGCCUCCUUGCCCCUGGUGGACUUCAUCAUCCAGAAUGGAGGUCACCUGGAUGCCAAGGCUGCUGAUGGGAACAGCGCUCUGCACUGGGCUGCUCUCUACAACCAACCUGACUGCCUCAAGCUGCUGCUGAAAGGGAGAGCUUCGCUCGGCACAGUGAACGAGGCAGGAGAGACAGCUCUGGACAUAGCCAGGAAGAAGCAGCACAAGGAAUGUGAGGAGCUGCUGGAGCAGGCCCAGGCUGGGACCCUCGCCUUCCCUCUGCACGUGGACUACAACUGGGGAAUCUCCCCUGAGCCUGGCUCUGACAGUGAGGAGGACGAGGAAGAGAAGCGCUCUCCUCUGAAGCCCCCAGCCCAGGCCCGCUGGGCCAGCGGGAGGGUCGACCUCAGCAAUAAAACCUAUGAGACCAUCGCCAACCUGGGAUCAACUGCCCCUCAGAGCCAGAGUGAAGCCUGCCCCCCACCCUUGCCGAUCAAAAACCCUUCUCGGACCAUGGUCCAAGGGCGUGCAGGACAUGCCAGCGGAGAUCGUUCUGAAGUCCCCAGCCUGAGCUGUGAGCCGUGCAGGGCCCCUGAGAGCUUGGGCCGUCCAGCCUCCACCUCUUCCACCCUCACACACCCCGUGGAUGCUGCGGGUCCCAGCCAGACCCCACCCAGCUCUGAGGAGGGCCCCUCCCGACCCAGCCUGACAUCUGGAAGCACCCCUGCAGAGAUGUAUCCCCCGGUCAGGUUCAGCUCCGAGAGCACUCGCUCGUAUCGGCGGGGUGGGCUGGAGCCUGAAGACUGUCCCUCAGCCAGGCAGCCUCUGCCCACAAGGAACAUGCUGGUUGGCUUCACUGAAGGAGAGGACUCCAGGAGAGGUUCUCCUGGAAACUCUGCACAGCUUUUGCAAGACUAGCUCCUUGCUCGUCCUUGCAUGCCAGAACUAGCGCCCAUGUGGGACCCCAGUGUUCAGUGCUAGGACUUGAGUCCACAAAACCGGGGAAC